AUGAGCAUCAACAGUGGCGAAGAUUUAGCAGCAGCAGCUUCUAUUGCAGAAGUCAGACUGCGAUUGGAAGCCCAACAGAUGAGACAGAAGCCCGCGUCCUCAUAUACGCGCGGCACGAGAGACAUAACAGAAUUUUUCAUUGCAACAUCGAAGCAGCUCAAGUCCGGCGAGCUUAUAAAGGAUGAGUACUUUACUCUUUUCGAGGCCGUCGGAGCCCUGGAGAUCAUGGACCCCAAAAUGGACAGUGGUUGUAUACCCGAGGGGGACUCUUUUGAGCCCGAAUUUGAUGUAUGUGGCGAACUGGAUGCUAGCCAGGUACUCUGGAUCAUGGACGAGAUCUUUCAGCUAGAGAUGAAUCUGCACAACGGCUAUCCUCUGUCUCAGAACCUUUUCACAUCGCUGCACAUCUUUCGACUCAUUUCCUACGACAAUGAGUACCCUUACCACUUUGGUUACGACCAGCGUCAGUCUACGGAAAACCACCUUGUCCACACCGUGCUUAGAGCGUACUGCAUUGGUGUCCUGAAAUGCUGCCAGCUUGCUCUGCAGCUUAUCCAAGACCACACAUUUUACGAGGAAGAGGACUUUGUAACGUAUCUAUUUGGCCGAGAAUUGCUACCGAAGAUGGACUGUAAAGAAUCUCGACAGCUCCUCUGCACAGCAGUGGAAUGGUUGGAAAACGCAGAGCUCGAUUCACAAAUAAAGGACGCGCUCAGGAUCCGACUGGCCUUGCGGCACAUUAUGAUUGAAGCAUUCGAAGGGGAAGACGAAUGGUGGCCAUCGCUGAAACUCGAAAUCGAACGGAUAAGAAAGGAUCACUCACUGGCGAGCGCAGUCCAGGAAGCAUUCUCCGAGAAGGUUCAGCGUCAGCUUGCCACCAGCACACCACCCAGACCCAUGCCACAAGUGCAGUGGGAAGAAUCGGUCAAAAAGUGGCUACAAUUAUGCGACGAUGUGGUUGCUGCUCGCAGUCUCACCUCCCUUAGGACCGCCCAGAGUCCGCAUUGCUUGCAGCGGGCGACUUGGGCGUUUGCUUAUCGAGACCCAUUGCCCAACACUUUCGCACGAGCAAAGAUGCAGGAGAUCUUGACGUCAGACGAGAACGUCGCGGGAGAAGUCUCACAUUUCGAUCUGAUGCUCACAGACAUCCGGGACAUGGUCCUUUGCGGAGAUCCUGUGGCCGAUCCGGCGGCGUUCUCGAUCGAGGUACCCACCGAUGUCAGACAUCAGACAUCGCGGAUCAUCGAAAGCUUCAUGUCUGGGAUGUUUACAGAGUAUUUGAACAUCUACCGCAUGGUCUGUCAGAAUCGAUGCCGCAUGCGCCGCACAUUCACACAGGCAAUUCCUCUGCUCGAUGAGUUUGAGACCGCGGCACGAGCGGCGGAUGAGGAUCUCAACAACAUAGUCGCCCCGAGACGGUUCUUGGAUGAAGCGGGGAAGGCUUGCACGCACUCCCCACUGGCAGCAUGGGUACGGUAUCACAAGCUACAGAUCUUGGAAUGGACGAUUCAGCUCGGCUUCGAGACCGAUCUCUACCUUCCACGCGAGAUCUGUAACAUGUAUAUCUUGCUUGAAGCGAACGCCGAGGCGAGAGGCUCUCAUUUGCAGGCCUUGGAGCAAGUUGUCGAGGCGCGCAGUCGGGGCCUGAUUUCGUUGACAUCGGGCCCCGAUAGCAAUCCGUCCGCCGCCAACAGCGAUAUCCUUUACAUUGAGUCUUGUCAGGCGUGGAUCGGAAGUUUACGCCGCAGAACAAUGGCCACUCGCUUGUUGUCCCUUUCUCUCGCAUCACUAUACGCCAUGCUUGAGCAUUAUGAAAUCAUCGACACCAAAGCAAAGCCCUACGAAGAUGCCCAAUUGCGGUACGAAGCACGCAUGAAGCCCUUCUUAGGCAUGGUGAACGACGGUGCGCCCGGACUUGACUACUUCACCCAGAUGAAGACACAGAUGAUCUCCGGUCUCGUGAGCACUGGUCAAAAGCCCUCGCUACCAUCAACGAUGGAUGCUAUUACCAAGAUGAUCAAGGAGACAAAGGAUCAAUUAACGGCACUCAAGCAGACGUCCCCAGCAGAGGGUAAGUACCUCGGCACGGAAGAGCAGUGGAAAAGGGAAAUGAAGAGCCUGGAAACAGUGUGUGUGGCAAUUACUGUGACGGUGUCACAGCUCUCCCGCAUCUGGAGAAACCGCGGCAAGAGUGCGCUCAAAGACUUGAUCGAGGUCAACUUUCCAGCGCCUGGUAAGCGAUAUCACGAGUGGUGGGUGAUUCCUCCAAUUAAAGAGAGAGCGCAGUAA